GCUAUGGGGCAGAGCUAUAGGGGAUGAGCUAUGGGGGCUUUUCUAUGGGGCAGAGCUAUAGGGGAUGAGCUAUGGAGGCUUUUCUAUGGGGCAGAGCUAUAGGGGAUGAGCUAUGGGGCAGAGCUAUGGGGCAGAGCUAUAGGGGAUGAGCUAUGGGGGUUUUUCUAUGGGGCAGAGCUAUAGGGCAGAGCUUUAGGACUCCUCCACGGGGUUUUUCUGUGGGGCUGUUCCAUGGGGCGCAGCUUUGGCGCUGCGCUAUGGGGCACAGAGCCCGGCAGCAGCCGCGCUGUGGGGCGGGGAUGCCGUGGGGCACCGUGGGCCGCGCUAUGGGGCGGGGAGCCCCGAGGGCCCCCCACCUUCGCCCCACCCGCGCCCCACCCAGUCCCGGCUCUCAUAAAUGGGGCGGUUCUGCCCCACGGCCCCGGGGCCUGGCCGAGAUGUGGGGCCGGGCCAUGGGGGGGGCCCGGCUGCUGCCGCUGCUGCUGCUGCUGCUGCUGCCCGGCUCCAUGGGGCUGCAGUGCCUGAGCUGUGGGGAGGACGACGACGGCAGCUGCCGCCAGCCCAGGAACGUCUCCUGCCCCACGGAGAGCGACGUGUGCAGCGAGGCCCUGGCGGUUCUCAGCUGGAGCCAUGGUGGCGUGGCGCUGACCGCCCGGGGCUGUGGCCGGGGUCAGCCGGGGGCUCUGGCCCGGGCGCUGCAGCUGCCGGGGCUGGUUCUGUUCGAGCGGCGCCGGAACUGCCCCGGGGAGUCCUGCAACGGGGAACUGGGAGCACUGGGAGCACUGGGGAGCGAGAGCGCUCCCCCCAACGGCCUGCGCUGCUUCGGCUGCCCCCCCGCCGGGCCCUGCCCCCCCGGCACCGUCGUCCGUUGCCACGGCGACCACCGCGGCUGUUUCCACGGCAACGUCACCCUGCGAUUGGGUAACCACACCCUGCGGCGCGAGGUGCGCGGCUGCGUCCCCGACGGCGACUGCGCCCGGGAGCGCCGCGGCGACGCCGACGCCGCCGUCGCCGGCUCCUGUUGCCGUGGCGACCUCUGCAACCGGCAGCUGGGCGAGAAAACGUUCUUCGCCCCCGAUCUGCCCCGCCUGGAGCUGCUGCCGCAUGGCCACGCCCCCACGGCCGCGCCCGGAAACGCCACCAAGAUGGCGGACGGAGGCGGAGAUGGGGGCGGUAAAGCCGGGGAGGCGGGCGGCAAUAUGGCCGCCGGUGAUGGCGGCGUGAGGGACGGCGGCGCCGAAACGGCCGCGCCGGAGCGAGGCGGGGCUGUCGGGGGAAGGCGGGCGGCCGGGGGCAAGAUGGCCGCCGGGGGCAAGAUGGCUGCCGGGAAUAAAACGGUCUCGGGAGACAAAAUGGCUGCUGGGGACAAGAUGGCCGCUGAGGGCAAGAUGGCCGCCAGGAAUAAAACAACCUCAGGAGACAAGAUGGCCGCCGGUGACAAGAUGGCCGCUGGUGACAAGAUGGCCGCCGGUGACAAGAUGGCCGCUGGUGACAAGAUGGCCGCCGGUGACAAGAUGGCCGCUGGUGACAAGAUGGCCGCCGGAGACAAAAUGGCCACCGAGGAUAAGAUGGCCGCCGGGGACAAGAUGGCCGCCGGUCACGUGGGCUCCGGGCGGCCAAUGGGGCGCAAGGACGGGGUGAAAGGGCCGGUGGGGCGGGGCCAAUCCCUGGGCGGGCCCGGGUGGCUCCUCCCUUUCCUGUUGUGGCCCCUCCUCCGCUGAGGGCGGGGCUUGGCCAGGAAUAAAAGCUGAGGUGGGAACCGGAGUCGAGUUUUGGGGUGAAAAUUCGGGAUUUUGGGGAUGAAAAGUUCCUCGAG